AUGCACAACAUCCUCUCCCUCGCUGCAAUGCACCUGGCCUCGCUCCAGCCGCAUCUCCUGCACAAAUACACCCUCCUCGCAGCCAGACACCAGUCCCACGUCAUCACGGCCGCCCGGGCCCGCGUUGCCAGUCAACAGGUCACCAGCCAGAACUGCAGUGCUGUCGUCAUUUGCUCCGCCCUCUUACUCCUCUAUGAGCUGGCCAUCUUGCACCCGUCGUACUUUGUCUCGGAACCUGUGUCUACCUCAACCUCAACCACAACUUCAACUUCAAUUUCAAUUUCAACCUCUGCUGCACGGCGGGUAGAUGAGAUCGUGCAGAAGAUGCUGCCAGGGCCCGGCUCGCUGCUUGCUCGCCACGGGAACGCUCGACCCUGCCUCUCCGCUAGCCGUGGAGGUACGAUCCUCUCUGGACCGGGUGCUGUUGGCCUCUACCACGCUGCAUGUACCAUCGGAUGCAUACGCUGCGGCAAUCGACUCGCUAUGGCACUGUUACAAGUGCUGCGUCCUGUCGACGCCGCCGGACUGGCUACGGGCUCUGGCUUGGCCGAACAUGGUUCCGCGGCCGUUCAUGUCGGAGCUGCUGGAGAAGAAGCCUCUUGCUCUAGUCCUGCUGGCUCAUUACUGUGCUCUGCUGGUGCUGCAUCCGGGCAGUUGGUGGACGCACGGGUGGCCGCGGCCGGUGCUUUUUGCUCUGAUCGAAGCUGUCGGUGA